AACAUCAUCAUUAUCAUGCCUUUAAAAAGCUUCGCUGGAAAAGCACUGAAUUAUUAUCAUUUCUAUGGGGCCAAAAAAAAGAAACGAACACGCUCCGGAAAAAAAGUGCCCCAUUGAGGUGGUUUGUUUUCUCUUUAAUGUAAGGGGUUUUAAGUAGCUUUGGAAUAUUCUUGCUGAAGGUUGUUAGGGGCUGCUGGAAAAUUAGUAAGUUGAUAGUUUUAUUCAUUUCCAGCUGAUGGGUGUUUGUUUUGGGAUUGGGAGGCUAAGAAUUGGAGGAGUUGACCUGAAACGGCUAUCUCAAGUUGGCAUCUGAUUUGGGGAUGCUCUGGUUCUAGGCGGGGACUUGAAGGAGUUUUUGAAGUGGGGUUGCGGCUUUUUUGAAAGAUUCAUUGGGUUUUCUGUGAUUCACAUGUUGAAGAAGAAGCUACAUUUUGGUUACUUUUCAAGGUUUGACCUUACACUGGUGGUGUUUUUGGUGUGAGGGGUUGUGGUUUUAGGCUUUAAACAGUUAAAGCAAAACUGGGUUUUCGUUUUAGAUUUUGAAAGAGCCCAGUUUUAAGGCCACUUACUUGUGUAUUAGGUGUUCUUGUGUUUCAAUUUUGGUAUAGGGUUUAAAGCAUUUGUCGUCGGAGUUCUGCGAGAAAAUGGCAUGCAUGAAACUUGGAUCCAAAACUGAUGCAUUUAAAAGGCAAGGGCAGGCUUGGUAUGUGCCUGAUCUCUGCAAUUCAACUUCAUCUCCAUCUCUCUCUGCCUACAUAUCUUCUGUCUUUGACUAUUGUUCUGCACGACUGGACUUCCUAGUGAUAUUGUUGUUGAAGUUGGAGAAAUGUCCUUUCAUCUUCACAAGUUCCCUUUACUCUCUAGAAGUGGGGUUAUGGAAAGAUUAAUUGCAGAAGCAUCUGAAGAAGGUGAAGAAAAGUGUUCCAUAUGCCUCCCUGACAUUCCUGGAGGGGCCAAAACUUUUGAACUUGUCGCCAAGUUCUGCUAUGGUGUGAAACUUGAACUCACUGCCUCAAAUGUUGUGUACCUUCGAAGUGCUGCUGAGCAUUUAGAAAUGACCGAGGAAUAUGGGGAAGGCAAUCUUAUUACCAAGACUGAAACCUUCCUUAAUCAAGUAGUCCUCCGAAAUUGGAAAGACUCCCUGAGAGCACUUCAAACCUGUGAUGAUAUUAUCUCUUAUGACGAUGGACUGAACGUUACAAAAAGGUGCAUCGAAUCAUUAGCCAUGAAGGCAUCUACCGACCCAAACCUUUCUGGGUGGCCCAUAAUGGAAUAUGGUGGUCCUAUGCAGAGUCCUGGUGGAAGUGUGUUGUGGAAUGGGAUAAGUACAGGGGCUAGAGUAAAAAAUACAAGUUCAGAUUGGUGGUAUGAGGAUGCAUCAACUUUAAGUUUUCCUCGCUAUAAGAGAUUGAUUGCAGUCAUGGAAUCUCGUGGUAUCAGACAGGAGAUCAUUGCUGGGUCUCUUACUUUUUAUGCAAAAAAGUAUCUACCUGGUUUGAACAGGUGCCAGGGUGCUACUGAUACUAAUUCUAGUACCUGUGUGGCACCUGUGGCCUUAGAGGCUCCUCCGUCAGAAGAAGAUCAGAAACUUUUGCUGGAGGAGAUUGAUAGGUUGCUUCCUAUUCAGAAAGGCCUUGUCCCCACCAACUUUCUCUUUGGACUGCUUCAAACAGCCUUAAUUCUUCAAGUAAGCCCCUCCUAUAUAUCUAACUUUGAGAAAAGGAUUGGAAUGCAGCUUGAUCAAGCAACACUGGAAGAUCUCCUGAUACCUAAUUUCUCCUGUUCUAUGGAAACACUAUAUAAUGUUGACUGUGUGCAGCAAAUUCUUGAACAUUUUCUUGCAAUGGACCAGAUCACGGGUGGAGCCUCUCCAUCUUUGGUUGAUGAUGGUCAGAUUACCGCCUCGCCUUCAUUAACACCAGUUACACUGGUAGCCAAGCUAAUUGAUGGGUACCUUGCAGAGGUUGCCUCUGAUGUUAAUUUGAAGCUCCCCAAGUUUCAGGCUCUUGCUGCUUCUGUUCCUGACUACGCCAGGCACUUGGAUGAUGGUCUGUAUCGUGCAGUAGACAUUUAUCUGAAGUCACACCCAUGGUUGUCUGAAUCUGAGAAAGAACAACUAUGCCAGCUGAUGGACUGCCAGAAGCUCUCCUUGGAAGCAUGCACCCAUGCUGCACAGAAUGAGAGACUGCCACUAAGAAUAGUUGUCCAAAUCCUGUUCUUUGAGCAGCUUCAGCUUAGGACUUCAAUCACAGGUUGCCUUUUGGUUUCCGAUAAUCUUGAUGGAUCUCGACAAAGCGGGCUUGCAGGGCCCACGGAAAGAGGCUGGGCCUCAACCGCGAGAGAAAAUCAGGUUUUGAAAGUAGGCAUGGAUAACAUGAGAACACGGGUUUCUGAGCUUGAGAAGGAAUGCUCGAACAUGAAACAAGAAAUCGAAAGGCUAGGUCGGGUAAAGAGCUUCACUUGGGGAAAUGUCUCGAAGAGAUUUGGAUUCAAAUUGAAGUCUCGAAUGUGCAGUGCUCAGGAGGGUUCUAUUAGCAACCAGAAUACUGAAAGUAGAAAGAAUGAGAAAUUAAAAGACAGGCAAGGACAACACAAGAAAAACUCAACUCCAAAAUUCAGAUAGGUAAAACUAUUGAUUUUCUCGUCUUUGUUAUCCUAUUGUCUCAUUGUUUGUUAAGUUCUUAUUGUUUUGUACUUUUAAACUUUGCUAAACUAACGUCCCUCCUUUGAUCUCACUGUAAUGUGUGCCUUACCUUUUUCUUGCUCCUUAAUCGUGUAAUCGAGAUGAUUGAAGAAACUGUAAUUUAAUUUGUUUCAGAUUAUGUAGCAACAUUGGGAUUCUGAUUA